AUGGGGACGUUUUUUCUACUCCAUUUGAUCUUCGGAACAAAUGAAGGACUCCCCAGAGUGGAGACUGAUAACGGAACAGUAGAAGGAUUGACGACUUUACAUUUAAAUAAAGAAAUUGACAAAUUUCUUGGAAUACCAUUUGCCAAGCCACCAAUAAACGAAUUAAGAUUUCAACGACCAAUUCCUCCUGAUAAUUGGACUGGGGUUUUUGAAGCAAAAAAACUUCCAAAUUCUUGUGUUCAGGGCAUUGACAAAAAUUUUGGACGUUUUCAGGGAGUAGAAAUGUGGAAUGCAAACACUAAUCGUAGUGAAGACUGUCUUUACCUCAACAUUUGGAGACCGAAAGGAACGAAGGAAUCCCUUCCAGUUAUGGUCUGGAUAUACGGCGGAGGAUUCUACAGUGGCACAUCUACACUUGAAGUUUAUGAUGGAACAACGUUGGCGGCAACAGAAAACAUUGUUGUGGUAACAUUCAACUACAGAAUUGGAAUGCUUGGAUUUAUCGCACUUGGCCACCCUCAAGCUGACGGAAACGGAGGUUUAUUCGAUCAACUUUUGGCUAUGAAAUGGGUAAAGAACAACAUUGCCAAUUUUGGUGGCGAUCCAACAAGAAUAACAAUUUACGGAGAGAGUGCAGGUGCAGCGUCCGUAAGUAUUCAUUUGGUGUCAAAACUGAGUCGUCCUUAUUAUUCUCGAGCCAUUUUGGGAAGUGGGGCAUCAACAAGCAGUUGGGCUGUGGUUCCAUACGACGAAAUAAAACGACGUUCAUUGCUGGUGGCGAUAAAAUAUUUAAAUUGUCCUGCAAAGAUCGACCAAAUUGAACUCAUUUUAAAUUGUCUGAUCAGAAUUAAAGAUCCAAUGCUUAUUGCAAAAUAUGAAUUUUAUGUCGUCGAUGGAAUUUCUCAGUUUCCGUUUGUUCCUGUCAUUGACGGACAUUUCCUCACAAAACAUCCUUCAAAAUCAUUCGCUUUGGGGGACUUCAAAGACUGUCCGCUCCUGAUGGGAACUGUCAAGAACGAAGGAAACUACUUUAUAGUCUACGAAUCACUAAAAACUUACAAUAUUUUAAAUGGCAGUGACCUUGAUGCGGCAAAUUUCUCAUGGACAAUGUCAAAUUUAUUUUAUUACUAUCCAAUUUAUCCAUUUGUGUCAUCAAUUUUGAUUACUGACUUGAUCAAAUUUUUUUACAGUCCGUGGAAUAAUCCCCAGCCAUCCAACAUCGACUACAGAUCAGCCAUUGAUGCAGCAGUGGGAGAUUGCUAUUUUAUUUGUGGUUUGAACAUUAUUUCGGAAGCAUAUUCCGACAGAGGACUACCUGUUUAUUACUACAGAUUUUGGCACCGAUCUUCUGCAAGUACCUGGCCUGAAUGGAUGGGUGUGAUCCAUGGAGAUGAACUUAUUUAUACCUUUGGAGUUCCUCUGACUCAGAUUGAUAAAUAUCUUUUAGAAGAAGUCGAACUUUCAAAACGAAUGCUUCGAUAUUGGGGAAACUUUCUAAGAUCUGGGUUGAUAAUAUUUUUUGGCUUUUUUAGAGAUCCAAAUAAGCCAAAUAACAUUGUUUCAAAUCAGCUGCUCUCUUACUGGCCUCCACAGACAUCGUUGGAUAAAAAAUAUAUUUUUUUGAAGACUACAACCGACUCAACGGUACAAAUGAUUGGUACAAACCCACGGUCAUAUCAAUGCGCAUUUUGGAAUUCUUUUAUGCCUAAAUUCGCUUCAAGUAUUUGA